UGGAAGAGUAAUAAGAUGCGCAUGAAUUUACACAGUGUGGAAUAAAAGAUCAGAGAAGAUGCCGCUAAUCGCGCCGCUGCUUUGAAUUAAUGCCGCAGUUUGUCGGAGCGGAGUUGCCACGCUGCGCUUUUCCUGCACACAAACUUCGGGCUGCGCUUCGCUCCGCGGACACAAAGUUUCUGUGACAAUGGAAAGAAAAGCGUCCGCCGCUCGGCGUGAAGGCUUCCGGAGGUCACAGUGGAUUACUGAUUUCAGUGGAGAGAAGGAACGUCAUUCCGGGAUAUGAAGUUUCCUGCAGGAGUCUGUGGAUUGUCCGUUUUUCUCCCUCACCUGUUCAUCUUUUGAAAAACUGUCGGGUGUGAGCGUUCCGGAGGGCGAGCGGGUUUCCUGAUGCCAAGUUGUUGCACCUGAUCGGGACCAAACGCAUCUCCAGCCGCCGGUCACGCUGUGCUUUUCCACUGAGUCCGCCACCUUUUAGAGUUUCACGUUGCCGUUGGAAGAAGAAAGCCAAUGUCUACCUCCUCUCCCCCAUCCUUACCUCGAGCCUUCCUCCACCCGUCCUCGCCGCCCUUCUUGUCGCCGAGCCCGCCCGGACCACUCUACACGCGGCUGUCCAACGGCAGUCACAGCGCCCCCAGCCCCACCGACUCCCGCAGCUCCUUCCAUGGGGUGUCCUUCCUGCUGCAGAUCGGCCUGACCAGAGAGACGGUCAACCUGGAGGCCAGUGACCUGUCACUGUCCGCUGUCAAGGACCUCGUGUGCACUAUUGUCGACCAGAAGUUCCCGGAGUGCGGCUUCUUCGGCAUGUACGAUAAGAUCCUUUUGUUUCGCCAUGACUUAAACGACGAGAACAUCCUCCAGAGGUUGACCUCAGCAGAGGACAUCCAUGAAGGAGACCUUAUCGAGGUGGUCCUGUCCGCUCUCGCCACAGUUGAAGACUUUCAGAUCCGACCCCAUGCCCUCUACGUCCACUCCUACAAGGCGCCUACGUUCUGCGACUACUGUGGGGAGAUGCUGUGGGGUCUCGUCCGGCAGGGGCUGAAAUGUGAAGGAUGCGGCCUAAACUACCAUAAGCGAUGCGCCUUUAAGAUCCCGAAUAAUUGCACUGGUGUCCGAAAAAGACGACUGUCCAAUGUCUCAUUGCCGGGGCCCUCCCUUGCUGUCCCCCGACCGGCACCUGCUGAGAACAACGUGGUCAUUCUGGAUGAGCGGUCCCACCAGGAAGCAGGGAAGCGGAUCCUGUCCUGGAGCGGCAGGCCAAUCUGGAUGGAGAAGAUGGUGCUGGGACGAGUCAAAGUGCCCCACACCUUUGCCAUCCACACCUACACUCGUCCCACCAUCUGCCAGUACUGCAAACGUCUGCUCAAAGGCCUUUUCCGUCAAGGCAUGCAAUGUAAAGAUUGCAGGUUCAACUGCCAUAAGCGGUGUGCUUCAAAGGUACCACGAGACUGUUUGGGGGAGGUAGACUUCAAUGGAGAGCCAGUGAGCCCUGGUCCCUAUUCGGACACGACCAUGGAUACGAUGGAGGUGGACAGUAGUGACAUCGACAGCAGUAGAGGCCUGGAUGACCCAGAGGAACCCUCCACCCCUGAUGAGAGGAUGUUUGAUAUGGAUUGUCCUUUCUUGGAUAGAGAAAAGGAUGAAGAGCCAAUCAAGACUAUUAGUCCUUCCACAAGUAGCAACAUCCCUCUGAUGCGGGUGGUCCAGUCUAUCAAACACACCAAACGGCGGAGCUCCACUGUGGUGAAGGAGGGCUGGAUGGUGCAUUAUACAAGCAGAGAUAACCUGCGGAAGCGACACUACUGGAGGCUCGACAGUAAGAGCCUGAGUCUGUUCCAGAACGACACGGGAGCCAAGUUCUACAAAGAAAUCCCUCUGUCAGAGAUCCUCCAAGUAGAACAGUCCAGGGACUACAGCAAUCUUGCACAGGGCAGCAACCCUCACUGCUUUGAGAUCAUCACAGCCACAAUGGUCUACUAUGUUGGGGAGAACAACAGCAGUCACUGCCACAGCCCUGCUCUGGCUGCUUCAGGAGUUGGCAUGGAGGUGGCUCAAGGCUGGCAGAAGGCCAUCAGACAGGCUCUGAUGCCCGUCACACCUCAGCCCAGCGUGGCCAGUGCUGCUGGCCAAGGCAAAGACCACAAAGAGCUGUCCAUCAGCAUAUCCGUGUCCAACUGCCAGAUCCAGGAGAAUGUGGAUAUUGCAUCAGUGUACCAAAUAUUCUCUGACGAGGUUCUGGGAUCAGGUCAGUUUGGCAUCGUAUAUGGAGGCAAACACAGAAAAAGUGGAAGAGAUGUGGCCAUCAAGGUUAUUGACAAGAUGAGAUUUCCUACCAAGCAGGAGAGCCAGCUAAGGAACGAAGUGGCCAUAUUGCAGAAUCUGCACCACCCGGGUAUCGUCAACUUGGAGUGCAUGUUUGAGACGCCAGAGCGGGUGUUUGUCGUCAUGGAGAAGUUGCAUGGUGAUAUGCUGGAGAUGAUUCUGUCCAGUGAGAAGAGCAAACUUCCUGAACGCAUUACCAAAUUUCUCGUCACACAGAUCCUGGUGGCUUUGAGACAUCUCCACUUCAAAAACAUUGUUCACUGUGACCUGAAGCCCGAGAAUGUGCUGUUGGCCUCUGCGGAACCUUUUCCUCAGGUCAAGCUGUGCGACUUCGGUUUCGCCCGUAUAAUCGGUGAGAAGUCGUUCCGGCGGUCAGUCGUGGGCACGCCGGCUUACCUGGCGCCUGAGGUGCUGCGCAGCAAAGGUUACAACCGCUCGUUAGACAUGUGGUCUGUGGGCGUGAUCGUCUAUGUCAGCCUGAGCGGGACCUUCCCUUUUAACGAGGAUGAGGACAUCAAUGACCAGAUCCAGAAUGCUGCGUUCAUGUACCCGCCAACACCGUGGAAGGACAUCUCUGCAGAGGCCACGGACCUGAUCAACAAUCUUCUCCAAGUCAAGAUGAGGAAGAGGUACAGCGUGGAUAAGUGUCUCAGCCACCCCUGGUUACAGGACUAUCAGACGUGGCUCGACCUUAGGGAGUUUGAAACACGGCGAGGCGAGCGCUACAUCACCCAUGAGAGCGAUGACGCUCGCUGGGAAGAAUAUGCCGACGAACGUUGCCUCCUUUACCCAAAACACUUCAUCAUGGCUCCCAACCUGGACGACAUGGAAGAGGACCCCUAGUGGCACUGUGUACACACUACACUGAGGAUAGUGAGGACAGCGAACAUUACAGGGACUUAUCAGAGCGCUGGAUGUUUUCUUGUUUUUUGUGGAAACAAUGAGAAGCCGGAUUGGGACGGGUUCCACUCGCCAGCGGCUUUCAAAGCGUGAUUGACCGGCCAGAGUUGGUUGCACGUUGCGUUGAUGCAAUCAGGUGGAGGUGCGUCGGUUCGUAAAGCACUUCGAGACUGUCAGGAGAGACAGUUCUUCCCUUCUGUUUUUUUGUUUUUUGCACGAUAUCAAAUCAUUCCAUAGACUUACUCUAGUUUGGCUGUUUUUAAGAAGAAUCACAAGCCAAUAUGGAUGAACUUACUCUUUGCGGUUUGGGUAAUUCUGAGUAAUAAUACAGUCGGUUUUGUGAGAGAGAGAGAAAGAGAGCACCUCUCAGAGGAGUAAAGGGCACUUUUCUCAAGGGAUUCACAGUUUUUCCAUGGAGACUCUUCUUCUCAUUCUGUCAGACUGUCCUUUGGCAUGAAACUGGAACCAUCAUGUCUUUUUUUUUUUUUUUUUUUUUUUUUGCGUAUUUAGUGAUUGCGGUAUAUUUCUGUUUUGCACUAUAUUACCAGUUAAUAUAGUGGUUUGUUAAAAGCAUGAAUAGAAAACACUAUCAGCUGCUACAAAGAGCAAAGAAGUUUUUACAUUCUCACUUGAGGGCUGCAGAACGUUGUGCCAGUCCUUCAAUGUUAUUUUUGCAAUCCAUUGUGGGUUUUUAAUUUAUCGGGUUAUAGUUUUCAUAUUUGUCAUAACUGAGGGGAAGUGGCAGCUAAUAGAAUGAAAGUAUGAAUUAACAAGUUUCCUCUGGAGAAAAUGGCCAAUGGACUACGACUCAACGUGUUGGCAAAAAGCUGAUGGACUGAAAUAUCUCAAACUGUUUUUAAUUCCGUGAUUUCUUCAGUUCAACGCAAGCGCGACCCUGAAGCUCUGAAUGUUUGGCGACUGCAAUAAUAUGGAGCUAAUUUCAUCCACAAUUUGGGACCAAACAUAGAAGUGUUUAGUUUUGUCUCUGGACUCUGCGUUUGAGCAACGAGUUUCUGUUUGACCCUUUUCUGUACAUUUUUGUUUUGCCACAAUAUUUUUUUAAAUGUGACUUUUUCAGCACUCUGAAGAACGUGAUUGGGUGUUCUGUUGCAGUAUUGCAACUCACAUUUUACAUACAGUAGAACAAUUACGUGCAACCGACCGUUAUUCCGUCACAGUCGCUCCGUCACUGCAGCUUGUGUCUGUCCCCAAGAUCCUGAUCUUUUAUCCGAUCGAGAACCUUUGUUUGGGAGAUACUAUGACCCGAACACACAUCGCACUCUUUCCGUUUUUUGGACUCUGACGGUAUUAUAUCACGGUAUUACUGGUUUUACACGAUAAUUAUUUGAACAGGAGUUUAACCAGGGCUGUUUUCAUUUUCAAAUCUGCUUGUUCAAAAUAAAUAUUUGGAUGAAAAAUUUUAUGAAUAAAACUACUUUUCCCCCAUUUUAAUUUAACAAAUCACUGUGAUUAAUUAACAGUCUUUGAAGCUGUACGGCCUUUGGGUUUUUAAAGUUUUAAGUAAUAAAAAAAAUUAUUUUCUUUGGUACCACUAUUAUCUUAUUCCUUAGCAUAAAAAGUCUGAAGGACCUAAAUUACAUGGUGAGAUGCUGAAGAGCUUCUCAUGUUCAUGUUCGUGACAUAUACAUAUUAAUAUGUUACCAAAGUGAUCAAAAUUUGCUGUCUGGAAACCAUUUAGAAAUUGAACCCCUGCUCGGUUGAAAUUCAAGCGAUCAGACACCACGACCUGCAUUUGGUAGAAAAGUCAUAGAUCACGUGGGGGCUUCCCCCAGUGUGCUUGAGAGGUGCUGGAAGGACACAGCGACUGCCAGCUGGAGUAAAGAAGGGCAGCGUGAUUUCAGCUGGCUGAAACAAGAUAAACCCAAAUGGUGGAAAACACUCAAACCUAUGACUUCAUGUGAAAAUGACGAUAGCUGAUAGGAAAAGUGUUUAGCAGGUAUCUUAACAUGUGGAGCUUAGCAGAACGGGGGGAGGGACAGGGCCCCAGUGCCACAAUGUUGAUCCAGCACGGAUAGGCUGAAAUGAUUAUUGAUUUCUAAAUAAAGGGCUAUUUGGCCUUAUUUUUUUAUCUGUGUUGUUUUUGGUUGGAAUCAUUGAGAAAAUUGUUUUUUCUUGCCGAGCACACCUUGUUAUAGGCUUGAUGACUGUGACGCCAAUGUACCGUCCACUCCUAGCAGAACUCUAUCUUUACUGUUUUAAUUCUGGAACUAGAUA